GGCAACGCGCCGCAGGUGAUGCACGCGGACGACCUGGCGAGAGUCGCGCCCACCUGGGCGGACCUGGUCGAGUUCGGGGAGGAUAACGCCGUGAUCAAGAAGGUCUUCGGGUGGGUUCGGGACAUGUACGCCUUCGAUUUCGCGCUCGCCAGCGUCGGAAUCGAGGUGCACUACCCGCCGGUGCCCUUCAACAAGCUCAUGGUGCAGCCCCCGGCGGAUGUGCGACUGGGUGCCGCUUCGUUCAUGCACUACACGUGGUCGCCGAUUUUGAGCGAUAAGACGGGCGCGACGCGGUGGAGGUUCGAUAAGAGGCAGUUC